UUACCAAAGCAAACGGUGUGGUUUGUGUUGGUGAGCUCGCUCGCUGGUAUUGUUGUCUAUGCCUUCGCGCCGUUCGGUUGGAGUUCUUCUUGGUGCAGGGCACCGCGGUGUUGUGAUUUUCCGCGAACUAGAUCAAAAUAAACGGGCAAACGUUAGCAUAUAUUCGACGAACCGUCCGUUUGUGAGUGGUAUAGUGCUGUUAUAUUCUCGUAUCAAAUAGAUAUCACCCAAUCUAAGCGCAGUGAUUCGAAAGCAACGGGUUUAGUGCCCAAGGUUCCUGAUGUCGGGAGAGUUACAGACCAUGCAUCUGGAAAAUGUUUGUCGCCUCUGCCUGACGGAUGCCUCCGAGGCCGGGGACAUGUUUCCGAUCUUCCCGGUUCGUGGUGGUAAUCCGCACAGUCCCACGUCCGUGGUCAAUCGGAUACUGCAGUGCACAUCUUUGAGGCUCGAACAAACCGAAGGAGUGCCCGCCACAAUAUGCGAACUGUGCAGCGUCCGGCUCGAGGAUUGGCAUGCCUUCCGCGAGCAGUGCAUCGGAUCGGACGAAUACCUCCGUGUUACGCUGCGUCGCGCAUUCUAUCCCGACGAAGGACAAACAUCACAGAUGAAUCCAGCGAUUCCCGUACCACCACCACCACCAUCUGCUGCUGCCGUUGCUCCUCAGCCGGUUGGUGCUCAGUUGGGCAAAUCCAUCACCAUCACCCCACCAUCCUACACGGACGAUCUGUCGCCGAAAGGGACGGCAUCACUCAUCGGAAGAACCGUGUCGAAAACACCUCCACCGCCAGCCUCGUCGCGAUUGAGCUUAGCCAAACGUCGGCAGAGCACGUUCGAGUUUCCCGUUUCGGAUGGGAAGGGAAACCCUACCGACCAGACCGUUCUGGUAGAGGUGCUCGGGGUGUGUAACGACCCGGAGCCCGGCAAACGAACGUCGUCGUCCUACCCUUCGUUCGAGCCGGCAAAACCAACCGGCGGUUUCAACUCGAUCGAUAAUACGCUGCUCGAGCAGGCCAGCUGGUCCAAAGAGUACUGUGCACGGGUCAACAAUCUGAUGGUGGUGGUAAGCGGGACCCGUCCGUACAAGUGUAAGGUGUGCCGCCGAAUGUUUAACAACCGUACGAAUCUACGGCGUCACAUAAAGGCACUGCAUGCGGAUGAAGUGCUGGAAGGGGAGAGUCCACCACCGGAGUGUUACGGGUACGGACCGAUGCAAUCGUAUCUGGAGCAAUCGUCACACCACGGGGACACGUCCCAGGCGCCGGUGGUGAAGAAGAAACGGAAGAGUACCGAUCCACCGAUCACCGGACCGUACAAGUGUGAGGUUUGUCCACGAUCGUUCAAGAUGCCGGCCCAUCUGGCUGUGCACCGGAAAACGCACCGGCAGAUCGAUUUCGAUCAGUCCGAGCUGUCGAGAGCGAUUGAACAACAGAAGCGUCAGAUGCAGCAACAGCAGCGUGAGCGAUCUUCGUCGGCCGUUUCCUCGGAGGUGGAUAGAGGGCGCAAAACGACGACGACGACGACCACGCUCGAGCCGAGUGAUAUUAUACAGCUUUCGGACGAUGAUGAGGAGGAGGAGGAGCAGGUGAAGGAGAAGGAGGCACGCACGUUCGGUGCGAACGAUGAUCUGGAUGAUGGAUUUGAUGAGGAGGAAGGCAGUAGCUCAAAGGAAACAAGCUCACUCGAAGCAGAUCUACGGCCCGAUCCUUCCUCACUGGCGAUUGUGGAGAUCGGAGCCGUCGACGCGGAUGUUGCGCCGGUACAGCACAUUAAGGGCGAGGAUGAGGACGUUAUGGUGGUACAGGAGGGGCAGGAUGCAGCAAAGCCAAAGCCGGAACCAACAUCUACCGGCCGCACUUCCAUCCCACCGGGACCACUCUCCUCGAAGCUCAAGUACCAAGCGGCAUCCGGUGGAAAGUCGCAGCAAAAGCCACUGCUAACAGCACGCCCUAUAGAAGAUCUCCAGCGAAAGCAACAAGGUUCGUCCUCCACCUCCUCAGCAACUCCCAGCGUCCAUCGGUGUCAUCUCUGCCGGCACACAUUCCCCCGGGAGGAUCUACUGAGGGAUCAUCAGAAAUCGCACCAGCACGAUUCACCGUGCGCCUAUCGGUGUGGCUGGUGUAAGAAAGGGUUCCGCUACCGGCAAAACUACACGCUACAUCUGGAGAAACAAACCUGCCGGCUUAUAAACGCAGACCCCGUGCGUACGAUGCAGCAGCAGCAGCAGCAGCAGGCGGGCAAAUGUACUUAAACUUCCUAUAAGGCAACUAAACUCGAUUUGCUAUAAAAUAUGAACGUUGCUAUAAUUGUGGAUAAAAUACUCAGGCACACUCGUUUUUCUGCCACACUUGGAAUUAGUCUGGUUAGUUUAGGGUUUUUUUUGUUGUUGUAUAAGUAAAUAUAGAAUUUUGAAAGGGUUUUAUUUCGGUGUGAUAGAACAACAACGUGUCGGAGUUCGUUCCUACACGAAUCGAGUUCGGGUCGACCCGUGAGUUCGACAAGUUCGGUCUGAUCAAUCCAUGGGGCGUUCGACCCGCACUCGUUGGAACUAGAUAAGCGUCCCGGAAUCGUUCGGUAGGUUCGGAACGAUCCGCUCCGAUCACUAAUAAUAGUACACAAUCGCGGCAGAUGGUUUGUGCAAUUGCAUCAACUGAAGAUUCCAGACUGAUCCCAGGGAUGCAUUUUUGUACAGAUAGUUAUGCGACUAAAAUUUUGAUAUUAUUAACCUUUAUUUGUUGAGGUUUUGUACUUAAAUCAUCUGCUGCGGUUGUAUUUAGUUUUAUAACCUUCCUCCCGUUGUUCUAUCAACCGGAAACAAAACCCUGUAAGAGCGCGCAGCAUUAUUGAGGUGAUUCAGAAACGGCGACCGGAAGGAGCAACUCGAUCGUGGUGCUAUAGUGUACUGAGUUUGUUGUAAGGUCCUUAUUUAAAAACUGCAGUAGGAAUUAAAUGAGGAGAACACAAAAAGGAACGUGUGUGUUUUAUAAGAUGCCAUAAACUUACGCUGUUCGUUCCGCUCGUUCGUGUUACAUGAAAAUGGGGUUCCAUCUUUCCGUUUUUUCCUUUCUGUCAAACUGUUCCAGAGAAAUAAAAUGAGAUAUAGUACCAGUACC